GCCGAUCACGCUUGUUGUGACGAACAUCGAAAUACCCGACACAAUUGAUUCGCCAGCGGCAGAGGAGAUGAAGACAUAGCAACAAAAUGUUGAUGCUUCAAGCUAGACACACGAGUGCACAGGCUGCUCGAGCCUUUCGAUUGCCGUCUGUGUCGAUUCUGCGUCAUCAUCCGCUAGUCCGCUCAGCGACAUCCUCACGAGGCCCAUCGCAGCGACGAUUUGCCGUGGACCUCGUAUCAAUCGAUUCGAAAUGGCGACAGGUGUGGGAGACAAAUAGAAAGAACGCAGAGGAAGGUGCAGACACGGGCAAGAAGCAGCACAAGUACGUACUGCCCAUGUUUCCAUAUCCCUCGGGCACGCUGCACCUGGGCCACCUGCGCGUCUACACGAUUGCGGAUGUCACCGCACGAUAUCACAGCUUAAAGGGUAACGAUGUGUUAUUACCUAUGGGAUGGGAUGCGUUUGGACUCCCAGCAGAGAACGCGGCGCUGGAGCGCGGUGUAGCGCCGGCUGGGUGGACGCAGAGCAACAUUGUGAAGUUGAAGGAGCAACUCGAAUUAAUGAAUGGCAGCUGGGACUGGAAGAAUGAACUGUCGACGUGCGACCCCGAAUUCUACAAACACACACAAAAGCUCUUCCUCAUGCUCUACGAACGCGGUCUUGCCUACCAGGCCGAAGCCGAAGUCAAUUACGAUCCGGUCGAUAAAACAGUGCUUGCUAACGAACAAGUUGAUGCGAAUGGAUACUCGUGGCGAUCCGGUGCCAAGGUGGAAAAGAAGCUGCUCAAGCAAUGGUUCCUCAAGAUUUCUGAAUUCCGAGAGGAUCUCCUCCGGGAACUGGAUACCUUGGCCAAAGACGACGCAUGGCCAGAGCAUGUUCUUGUACAGCAAAGAAACUGGCUUGGAAAGUCGACAGGAGCGAUGAUCAAGUUCCCCAUUAUGGCUCACGGCCACGACGUAGGAAGUGCCAUUGAAGUAUACACUACACGCCCCGAUACGCUGUUUGGGGUUCAGUACAUUGCCCUGUCUGCUAGCCACCCAGCAGUGGUUAAGCUUGCAGAGACAGAUGCUGAGCUUCAGGCGUUCUUAGACACGAUGCCAGGCCUGCCGCCCGACUCAAAAGUGGGAUAUAUGUUACCACAGAUGCGAGCCAUCAACCCGCUCGCCUUUAACGACAAAACACCCGACGCAACUAAGGCAUCAAUUCCAGUCUAUGUCGCACCUUAUGUUCUGGGAGACUAUGGAGAGGGCGCUGUGAUGGGUGUGCCUGGUCACGACACACGCGACUUUGCCUUUUGGAAGACUCACCAAAAUGAUGAGCCAGUGCGCUACGUCAUUGCAGCAUCAGAAGACGAGUCCACUACAGUCCUUGACAACGAGCCAUUUGUCGACCAUGGUGUCAUGACGGAAAAUAGCGGCCUCUUCAAAGGCAAGACCUCCAAGGAGGGCGGCGAGGUCAUGGUCCGCAUGCUUGAGGCCGCUGAGCUGGCCAAGGGUGUAGAGAAGUGGCGGCUGCGUGACUGGCUCAUUAGCCGUCAGCGAUACUGGGGCGCCCCUAUCCCUAUCAUUCACUGCGAUUCGUGUGGUGCUGUGCCUGUGCCUGAGAGCCAGCUGCCUAUUGAGCUUCCCGCUGUAGAUCAGCACUGGGAGGCAGGCAAGGCAGGCAACGCGCUGGAGUCGUCACCCGACUUUGUCAAUGUGCCGUGCCCCAAGUGUGGAAGCCCAGCAAAGCGCGACACGGACACCAUGGAUACAUUUGUCGACUCGAGCUGGUACUAUGCGCGCUUUACCGACCCCAAGCACGCCAAUGAGCUCUUUUCGUCAGAGGCGGCUGAGAAGCUGCCCGUCGACAUUUACAUUGGCGGCGUAGAACACGCCAUCCUGCAUCUGCUUUAUGCCAGAUUCAUCUAUAAAUUCCUCGCAUCCACACACCUCCUCCCCCAAUACACCGCAGAAACGGCCCCGUCAGCGGAACCCUUCAAGCGACUCAUCACGCAGGGCAUGGUACACGGUAAGACAUAUGUCGACCCAACCAACGGCAAGUUCCUCAAGCCCAACGAGGUCGACCUAUCGGAUCCCAGCCAGCCCAAGGUUGCGUCAUCAGGGGCCCCGGCUGAGCUGCGCUACGAGAAGAUGUCAAAAUCCAAACACAAUGGCGUCGAUCCGACUGACUUCAUCUCCAAGCAUGGUGCCGACGCCACACGUGCGCACAUGCUGUUCCAGGCUCCCGUGGCAGACGUGCUCAACUGGGACGAUGUCAAGGUGCAGGGUGUGACACGCUGGCUGCAGCGGCUGCACGAUCAGGUGGAGAAGCUGGCCAAUACGGAAAUGGUUGCCUCUGUAAAGGAAGAUCUCGUUGCUCGACAGACGAGCGUCGCGUCCAUGUCCAAGGAGGAUGCCGAUCGAUUUAAUGCCGAUGUCCUUCUCUGGCGCGAGACACAGCGGGUUAUUGAGGCCGUCACGCGAUCCUACGAAAAGAUUUACUCGCUGAAUGUCGUCGUAUCGGACCUCAUGACGCUCACCAACGCCCUGACGGGGGCCAAGGCCGCGAGUGUCUCAGUCAAGCGCGCCACUGCCGACGCUCUUGUCCGACUCAUGGCCCCCAUCACGCCGGCCUUUGCAGAAGAGUGCUGGGCCCUGCUGAGCCCUAAAUCGGCUUCUAUUUUCCAAGACGGGUCAUUUCCUGUUACAGAUGAUAGUUUGUCUAUUCUUAAGCCACAGGAGCAAAAGUGCAUGAUCCAGAUCAAUGGCAAAGUGCGCGGCGGCGUCAUGAUCCCCCCUGCACCAGGCGGUCUGGAGGGCGACGAUCUCAAAAAUUGGAUGGUCGAGGCUAUCCUUGCGACAGAAGAGGGCGAGGCUCGAUUCACAAAGGGCCCAUUUGAUAUUCGUCAGGCAAAGCGCGCCAUCCCCGUCAAAGGUGGCAAGCUCAUCAACUUUGUCCUAUAAGACUUUGUAACAAAAAGCGUAUUAAAAUUUACUGCAUACUAUGUACAAACAUCAUCAUCAUCCUCUGUCAAUAUACAUGUACCACUUUCUCGUCUCUUAACGGGUCCCUCUCUCCUCAUCAAAUAAGAGUCCACCACGCUCCUCCUCACUAUCGUCAUCGUACUCCUUGUCCCCAUACAAUCCAUAGUGCUGCACCAUGAACAUGGAAUCAAACACCAUGGAAAUGUUACCCAGGAAGAACUUGACCGGGUUACCAAACACGCCGUGCCAGUUGCCCUGCAAAUGGCUGUCAAUAAGCAACUGACCCACGCUCAGCAGGCCACCCGCCACAUCAAGCAAGAUCUGCAAGAUGCUCCAGCCCUUGGUGCUCUUGUUGCGAUAGUUGGUCAACAGCUGCGGCGUAUACUUGACCAGCGUAAUAAUCAACUUGACAUAGCCAAGCGCGUACACAAUAUCAAGCGCACACCAACUUGUCGCGGGAUCAGUACCGCGCGAACUGGCUACAGUCAAGAGGGUCGCUCCGAGACCGACGGCGCAGCCUGUCGCAAUGCCGGUAGCUGACCGCGAGGGUUUGCUACCCGGCGAAGCAGUAAACGACCAAGACGACGCAGCAAGGUACUGCGAGAGUGUAAGGUUCGAGACGACGAGCGCGUGCAGGGCGAACGUGACGUCGUUGAAGCGCACGGCGGGGGUCUCGUUGUUAUUGCGAGCGGCGUACUGGGCGCGGAUGGUGGGGGAGUAGUAGAGGGCGACGUUGGAUGCGAGGUAUGCGGCGAAGCCUGUCGACUGGCGGUUAGCCCUGUUGAAGACAUCUUGCACUUCUCAAUAGAGAGAGAGCGUGGAACGCUUACCAAUGGUGUUGAGAAAGGGGAAAUCGACUGUCGUGCCGGACGUGCUCUUGCGGCGCAGGUUCAGGAGGAAUUGUGGAUAGAACGAGGCCGACCAGCACACGGUGUAUAUCCAGCCAAAGAGGACAGAUAUGAUGGCAAGUAGUGCCAUUGUUGCGGAGGUUGUUGUGUACAGAGCAAAAAAGUCGGGCUGGUGAGAAGGGAGGAAGAGGAAGAAAUAGAGAGACGGAGCGUGUACGAAAGGUGUGGUACUCGUGAUGAGGCUGCGUGGUUCUUUCUUAGGUGGGGUGGUAGUGGUCAUGGGGGGCGGGAAUAAGGACACAGGUGUGGGCUAGCCGGGGCCGGGUAAGUCAGGUACAAGGGACGCUGUGGACGUAUUACAGAAGGGAGAAGACAGCGGUUAGUGGAAUACAGUGAAACGCAAAUAAAAAAAAAUAAAAAGGGUGAAUAUUUCGUUGGUCUGUUUAAAGGUAGGCAUGUAUAUGCAAAGUAGUCAAAAAAUAGUAGUCAU